AUGACAAAGCUGAAGAACCUCCAGCUCCAACAACGCCUAGAGCAGCUUCAAUAUGACGUAGACAAUAUGAAACAAUGGACAAACACAAUUUCUGGAAAUAGGGAUCAUCUAGAGGGCAACUUAACUAACCUUGAACUGGUUGUUUCCCAAAUAGAACAGAGCACAGCAGCCAUUGCCAAAGAUGUAUCUGGAAAACUCGCCACAGUGAAGACAGAUGUCAGGAGAGUAUCUGGCAUGGAGGAUGAUGUUGCCUUAUUGACAAACUCAGUCGGUGAUCUGGAGAAAAAGUUCGAGAAGGUAGAAAAAAACACAGCACAGCUUAUCGGAGAUGCUUUAGCACACAGCAUUGACCGAAUCACUUCACUCAAAGACUCAGUGGCUACAAAUUCCAACAGGAUAGACCUCAUCAAACUGAGAUUAACUGAGCUUAGAGGAAACUUUACUGGCAACUCAGAUAAACUCUCAAGUCUAGAGAGCGAUCGGCUAAAAGUCUUGCAGGCAGUUAACUUUGCCAAUGAGUUAAAGCCUAAGGUGUUCACUCUGAGGAAGGACUUUGCUAGUUUAGAAGCUUUGCUGAAUGACCUAUCGCUAAGAAUUGGCAGAUUGGCAGCUGAUCUGCUGAAUAGGGAGAAAGAUAUAAACAUGCUAAGUGACAAAAUGUACAACUUAACUGUGAUUAAGUCUGAAAUUCUGGCUCUAAAUAAUAAAAUAAGCAAUUUGUCGGCCAUUAAUCAACAUCAUGUGUGA